UUGAAGUUCAGCAACGCCAGGCCGGAAGUGUGUUCACAAGGCGGUAGACACGAAACAACAAAUGUUUCUGUGUGGUUUUGUAACUUAUUGAAACAUAACUUCAUGUUAGCGAUAGCAACAAUUGUAAUAGUUGGUCAAAGAUGUCGAUAGUGACGGUGCAGUUGGGUCAAUGCGGCAACCAGAUCGGCUUGGAACUCUUCGACAACAUCUUUAAUGAUUGCCAGGCAGGACACAGGACAACAUUUUCUACUGCAAGCUGUGAACGUUUCUUCCAUCAAAGUCAACAUGGAGACUUUGUUGCCAGGGCGGUGCUGAUCGACAUGGAGCCCAAGGUCAUCAGGCAGAACUUGAGCAGGCCCACAAAGUGGAAAUACGAGCAGGCGUCCAGCUUCAACCAGCGCCAAGGUUGUGGGAACAACUGGGCCGACGGGUUUUGCGUUCAGGGUCCCGCUCACAGCGAAGUGAUGGAGAACCUGGUGAGACGACAAGUGGAGCGUUGUGAGCGACUGAGCGGCUUCCUGCCUGUGAUGAGCGUGGCGGGCGGGACGGGUUCUGGCGUGGGGACCUUCGUCACUCAGCGCCUGCGGGACUCGUACCCCAAGUCCUUCCUGGUCAACCAUGUGACGUGGCCGUACAGCCAAGGAGAGGCGGUGGUCCAGAACUACAACUCGCUGCUGACGCUGCGUCACGUCUACCAGCUGUCUGACGCCCUGCUGGUGCAGGAGAACGACGUCGUGCACGGGAUCUGUGGUCAGCUGCUGCGCCUCAAACACGUCUCCAUCAACCACAUCAACAAGGUCAUCGCUCAUCAUCUGGGCGCCGUCCUGCAGCCCGCCCUCACCGCCGACUCUCACGGCGUCUACAGCAGGAACCCCCUGGGUGAGUUGGUGAGCUGCCUGGCGAGUCACUGUGAGUACAGGCUGCUCAGCAUCAGCAGCGUCCCUCACAUCCCCGCCCCCUCCAUGGCGUACAGCACCUUCCACUGGCCCGUCAUGCUCAAACAUCUGCGCCACAUGAUGGCGUCCAGCAGCAAGACGGACGAAGGUAUCAGCCAGCAGGUGUGCGAGCGCCCCCGACGUCUCCCGGGGUCUUCCAACGUGUCCUUGGCCAACCUGCUGGUCCUCAGAGGCAAAGACGUGUUCACAACACAAACAGGCGACUUCGGCGACGCUGCGCUCUACAGCGACUGGCUGCCGCCCAAGGACGCUCUCAGCGUGUGGAAGAGUCCGGUGGCGUUCAACAAGUACGAGAAGACGGCCACGCUGGUCAGCAACAGCCAAGCUCUGAUGGAACCUUUGGACCACAUCGUGAGAAAAGCCUGGAACUUGUUUGCUUCCAGAGCUUUCAUCCAUCACUACUCCAAGUUUGGCGUCUCAGAAGAGGACUUCCUGGACAGUUUCGCUUUUGUCGAGCAAAUCCUUUCUAGCUACGGUCAGCUGGGCGGCAAUACAUCAUAGCUCAUCUUUUUGCUGGAUAAAUAAGAAGUCAUCUUUUUGCUGGAUGACUGGACAACAGUUGCAAAUACUGCACAUGACACUUUCUUAUAUUGUAUGAACUUAUUCCAAAUGUUGAC